AAGCUCCCCUGCAAUUCCCUCCAAUUACUACGUAUUCUCUGCCAUUAAUUUCCCAUUACUUCCUCCUCGAUUAAGCAUAAUUUAGUUCAAGAUAAGGCAGAAAAAGUGAUUUAAUGGCGGUAGAGUACAAAUGCUGUGAAACAGAGUUUUUUGUUCGUAUUGCGGUGAUUGUUUUUCUGGUGGUUUUUGCGGGCUUAAUGUCCGGGCUCACUUUGGGCCUCAUGUCUUUAAGCCUUGUUGACCUUGAAGUCCUUGCCAAGUCCGGAAUUCCCAAGGACAAAAAAUAUGCUGCAAAGAUAUUGCCAGUAGUCAAGAAUCAACAUUUACUACUUUGCACCCUACUUAUCUGCAAUGCUGCUGCCAUGGAGGCACUUCCAAUUUUUCUCGACAGUCUAACUACAGCCUGGGGAGCUAUCCUGAUCUCCGUGACACUAAUACUUUUGUUUGGUGAGAUCAUACCGCAAUCUGUUUGCUCCAGAUAUGGACUUGCCAUUGGUGCAACUGUAGCCCCUGUGGUUCGCAUCCUUGUCUGGAUCUGUUUUCCAGUUGCAUAUCCAAUAAGCAAGCUGUUAGACUUACUCCUAGGCGAUGGGCAUAGAGCUAUGUUUCGCCGUGCUGAAUUGAAAACGCUUGUUAGUUUCCAUGGCAAUGAGGCAGGUAAAGGUGGAGAACUUACACAUGAUGAAACAACAAUUAUUGCCGGAGCACUUGAAUUAUCUGAGAAAACAGCUAGUGAUGCCAUGACUCCAAUAACUGAAACCUUUUCAAUUGAUAUAAAUGCAAAGCUUGAUAGGUUUUUGAUAAACCUAAUUUUGGAGAAAGGGCAUAGCAGAGUGCCAGUCUUCUACGAGCAACCUACAAACAUCAUUGGACUUGUUCUGGUAAAAAAUUUGUUAACCAUCAAUCCAGAUUAUGAAGUCCCCGUGAAGAGCGUUGCAAUUCGAAGAAUUCCAAGGGUCCAGGAAGGUAGGCCAUUGUAUGACAUUUUAAACGAGUUCCAGAAAGGUCACAGUCACAUGGCUGUUGUUAUAAAACUGUGCAACAAGAUGGUGGACCCGGCUGCUACUGCAGGCAGUUUAAAGAGCAACGGCAAUGCGGACAAUACUGCUAAGGAUUUGAGAAUAGAUAUUGAUGGUGGGAAACCUUUCUCGGAGAAAGGCAAAAAGAUGAAAAGACCUAUGAAGGGAUGGAAGAGUUUCCCUAACAGUCCAUAUACACCUAGGAGCAGAAAGUGGAUGAAAAAUAUGUACUCAGACAUUCUGCAGAUAGAUGGAAAUUCCCUGCCAACGCUCCCUGAAGACGAAGAAGCAGUUGGUAUAAUAACCAUGGAAGACGUUAUUGAAGAGCUUUUACAGGAGGAGAUAUUUGAUGAGACGGAUCACCAUGUUGAAGAUUCGUGAUACUCGUCUUAUAGACAUUGGUUGUACUGGACGCUCAAUGAUGAAAUCUUCUUAUAGUUACUAGUUAGGCUAUACUUAUAUUAGAAACAGCUUUGGAUCGAAACUAUGCACACACUCGUGAUAUUGUACAAGGGUAGAAGAAAGUUGGCCAUUAGGUUUGAAGGAAUUCUUGUUUCCUUUUCAUUGUAUUAGGACUCAGAUCUCAGUACAUGAAUGUUAUGUUGUUACUUUUAUAGA